AUGGCUCCCAAUAUUACUCCUAUACCAGAUCUUGGUCCGUAUGAAAUACGUUUACAAAAUAUAGGAUGUAAAAAUCGUCGUUUCGAUCGCAUAGUUGUUCAGCGUAUGAAACAUUCGCCAAAUGUCAAUGAGAUUGUCGAAAAUCUUGGCUCUUAUGAAUCGUUGCCGAAUAUACAUAACGAAAUACUUGUUGCAUUGAAUUUAAAGCGUUUAAGAUAUUGGAUUGGAAUCGAAAAUGUUGUUAUCAAUCCACGUGUUCAACAACUUUUGGGUCGAAGUGGUUUUCUUCCAGUUCAUCCGUCUGAUUAUAUCACAGCUUAUCGUGCACGAAAACAAAUUGAGAAUAAUCUACGAUAUCCAGUUAAAAGUGAUGACGAGAUACAAGAGAAUGAAGAAACUUCAGAGACUAUGUCACUUGUAAAUUACGCAGGAUCAAGCGAUGAAGAGAGCGAUGAUCAAGAAGACAAACGUUCUAAAGGUAAUUUACUGUGUGCAUGUGUGGUUUAUCUUAUGUUAUGGUUAGGCACAUGCAGAGGUGAUUUUCGUUUAGUUUCCCAACCAAUUUCUAUAUCACAGGUAUCAUCUGUUCACCUCCGUUUACCACCGCCGUUAAAGUCUUCUCAAAUCAACAAUAAUCCUAUUGAGGAUAACAGUAGAAUUACUGACGAUGAAGACGAUUUACCCCCAAAUUCGAUCACGUUAUUAUCUAAUUUACCUCAACCAAUCGAAUCAUUUUCAAUCGAUCCUACACAGAUACCUGAGACUGAAUUAGAAGAUAUCGUACGUGCAGACAACAAAGAAUAUAUGAAAAACCUACCACAAAAUCAAUUAAAACGAAAACGUGAACCAGUGAAAAUAUUUCUUCCAGCAAUAGAACAGGAUGACUCCGACGAUGAUGAAAAAGAUAUGGUCGAUGUGGAGAAAUCUACAAUGAAAAAGCAUUUACCUCUACUUAACCUUCUUCCAAAACCAAAAUUUGAAGAGGAAAUAACCACGACAUCGUUUGUACCCUACACAGUUAAAAAACCCGUAUCGAACCCGAAUAAAACAACAACAACCUCUUCGUUUAUACCAUAUACACUUAAAAAAGUUCAAUCCAAAGUCAAUAAAACUACAGAAUUAUCUCCCUCAGUAGCAAUACGGACUGAGCAUAUAAAUGGUGCGAAUAAUCAUCAGAUAAAAACAGUCGAACAACAAAAAGAUGUGACCAGCGACAUCGAUGAUGAAGAAGACGAUGAUAAUGAUCAAACUAAUUUCUUUUCUUUUACUCAAAACACACAUAAUGAUAAUAGCGCACUGAACUUUGAUGUUGAAACUGUAUUGAAAGAAACAUUACCAAAAUCUCGUAUUCCUAGUUUACAGGAAUUGCAACAGCAACAGCAAAAACUAGAUGAGCAAUCGAUUAUUGAAUCUGAAGACGUUAUGGAGGACGAUGCUUUGAAUCAACAAGAUGAAUAUGAUGUAUUGCAAUUUAUUCCUGAGGGUGAACGUCCAAAAUCGACGGAAGUUAUCGAUGUAAAUAUAGAUUCAUUACUUGGUGAAAGUGCCAGACAGCAAUUAUUAAGGAAUAUAACGGAAGAAAAAGAACUGCAUGGCGCGCAAGAAAGUGUCAAAGUACCAACAGGAAUGCAACGACGUAAACAUCAAAUUACAUAUCUUGCAGCUAAAGCCAAAGCUCAAGAUCUCGAAUUAAAAAAUAUGUGGUCUCAAAACAAAAUGACAAAACGUCAGACCCAGGCCAAAUAUGGCUUUUAA